UGAAAAGAGGGGGGGGGGGCGUCCACCCUUCGCUUCCCCGCACCCACCCCAACCAAAGCCCACUUCUUUGCCCCCACUUGGGCUUCUUCUCCUUCCCCGCGAGGCGACCGACGACGCGGAGGAGUCGUAGGAUGUGCGAGGGGCGGCGCCCCGGGCACGCGACCCGGCCGCCGUGGGCGCUGGCGGCGGAGCUGCGGCGGAGGGAGGCCGCGGCGGACGCGCGGCUGGCGGCGGCGCGGGCGCGGCUGGCCGAGGCGCUGGCGGAGCUGGAGCGGGCCCGGGCGCGCGCCGCCGAGCUGCAGCGCCGCCUGGAGGAGAACUACGGCAAGCGGCGCCGGCUCAAGCGGGUGGUGGCCGCCACCCGCUCCCGGAUCCACGAGACCCGCGCGCUCCUCCAGGACCGCCAGGACCCGCCGCCGCCGCAGCAGCAGCAGCAGCUCCCCGCCGAAUCCGAUCCCACCUCCUAGGGAGUCGCGGCCGGGUGACGUGACGUCCUGCUCCGAAGACCCGAUCGGAUCGGCAGACUGCUGGCCUACACAGCUACUGAUUUCAUUCCCCUUUCUUCUUGUUUUUUCGCAUCGGAGGAAGCUAGCUAGUAGGAGUAGUAGCCUGGUAGCUAGUCUCUGCAAUAUACGGGCGGGACGAAUGUCCCAUGGAACAUCAAUCAAUCAGAAAAAGGCUUCAUGUCAUUCGCAUCGCAUACAGUGACUGAAAUGAAUCGGAAGUUAGCACCCGGCAGGGACUCACUCUGUAAUACAGUACUAGUAAUAAUCAUGUCUUCAGUGACUGGAGCAUACAUGUGCCAAAAUCUUCAGCUCCUGU